AUGCUACCCCAAUCUCGAGUUUGGACGCUCUGCAGCGUUCUUCUCCUUUUGACAUCGUUGGCGAGUGCAUCACUCUUUGCACCGUUUCUGUCCGUGCCCGACUGGUCGCAACAGACAAGCUCCAACGAAACAUCCUACGACCUGGUCAAACGCGCGCUUGAUCCAACGUCGUGCCCGACUGGUUACAAGAACUGCGCAAACAUCGGCGCCCCGGGUCUUUGUUGCACCAACUCGGCCAUAUGUGCUCCUGACCAGGCUGGCCAUGUUGCCUGCUGUCCAAGCGGUGCCGUUUGCACUGGUGCCAUCUCAUCCAUCAUUACCGCUGGUGUAAUCGCUUCCGGUGGUUCUGUCGCCUCGACCACAGCUGCCGCUUCUCAGCCCUUGACUGCAUCUGCUUCAUCAUCCCGAGCGACAGCUACCUCGGGAGGAGGCCUCAUAGUUGCAAGCGGCCUCAGCACCACCGGCACGUCGCCUGUCACCACCACUGGUGCCUCGGGCGCGGCCACUACUGACGGUGGCUUCAUCAUCGUCGGAACCAGCACUGCUGCUACUCUGGGAAGCAGCGCUGGAAGAACCGUCCAUACCCCGAUUAUUGUCCAGGCCAUCAUCAGCCUCUUGGGAUUCCUGCCACUCUGA